UGAGAAAGUCCUGCUGUGACGAGAAGUUAAAAUUGCGCGUCACAAUUGAAGAUAAAAACAAGAAAGCUACAGCCUGCUCAUCAGUUUCCAGCUCUGCUAUCGAUAAUCGUUUAAACUUUAACUGCCCAAUUGUAUUUACCUCUCUUGACGUCAUACUGACAAGAAUGGAGAAGAAUUCGACGUUGCAAAUAUGCGAAAUGCAAGUCUACGAACUCGACGAUUACCAUGGUGCUCUUCAAGAAAUUUGGUUUCAUAAAAUACAUAAACUGAGCAUAACGGGUUUAAAAUCUUUGAUCAGUAAAAGCAAACCAGCAGUCUCAAGCGUGAUGAGAAACUUUGAAGCCUCAAUGAACAUCGCUGAUUUUUAUGGACAACGUUUAUCGUCAUUUCUGAAGAUUUCUACAAGUGGAAAAUAUAUCUUUUACAUGGCAUGCAAAGAUGCUUGUGAGCUGAUGUACAAUGUGGUUCCAGAUUUUAUAUUCAGAGAGGAAACAAUACAAGUUCUCUUGAAACCAAAAACAACAACAGCUCGACCAAACAAUUGGAAUAGAGAUUCAAGUCAAAUGUCUUCACCUGUAUUUCUCCAUCGAUGUGCAUUUUAUCGGCUAGAAGCCUAUACAGUAACAGAAAGAGGAUACGAGCAUUUGAGUGUUGGAUUAAGGAUGGCAGAAGAUGGAACGCUUUCAAGACCAAUAUCGGGUAGUUUGCUUCAACGCACACUAACAGGGAAUCGGACGUUCUCACUUUCAUUUAAAGACAACAGUCAGAGAGUAACUGUUCACGUUAAUUCAGUUGUGAUAAGUGGCUCUUAUCAAUAUUGCUGCAAUGGAAUAUACUGUCCCAAUUGUCCACUGCAUUUUUACCUGAACAAUACAAAGGCAUUGAUAGGAAACUUCACAAAAAUGUCUUGCAAGCCCACGGAUUUUGAAUUUGUGCUAAGGGAUUACUACCAACUCGGAAACGACUCCCUUGAGAUUGCUUUUGACUUUCCCGAUGAAGACCUAACAUUAUCCAAAACAGUUGGAUCGAUUGAAAUAAAAGCUGUAAUCAUUAAUGAGUGCUCAUUCGCCAAUGGGAUCUGCAGCUGGCUAAAUACAGACAAUGUAACCUGUUGGGAAAUGUCAACUGAUAAAAACGACGAAGUAUUCCCCUUUGUAAAAGUGGACAAAAAGUGCAGAUCUACAUUGAUGAGUAAUAAUCUUCCUUGGRAACCGUACCAAAUGAAUACCAGUCUUUGCAUUCAGUUUUCAUAUCGUAUGUCUUCUGAAGGAUCACUUUCAGUUGUACGUCACAGCAAUGCCGGCGAAGAAAGGCUUUGGAAUCUGACAGGUUAUCAGGGAUCCGCUUGGCACAUAGGACGUGUUGAGCUAUCAGGGAUUAGUAUACAGAAGAUUGGAUUUGAGGGACAUGGCACGAAAAGCGGAAGCACAAGCGUAGGUCUUACCAACAUCACUGUAGCAACACAUAGGUGUGAAAGACAUCCAAUAUAUGCAAAGCCAGAGCUGGCCUUCUGCAAAAGGAACGAGUUUCAAUGCGACAACAAACAAUGUAUCGAUCAAAAGUUGAAGUGUGACGGUGACAAGCAUUGUAUCGAUGGAUCUGAUGAAAGAGGCUGCGAUUGUCCAUGGGUCAAUUUCCUGUGCCCAAGUGGAGAGUGCAUCAAUGUCGCCAGUGUGUGUGACAAAAAGCGAGACUGCACAGAUGGAACUGACGAAACAAAUUGUGGACACCGAUGCAAGGAGAAGUUCCAAUGUGUUGAUGGAAGCUGCACUGAUUGGAAAAACACUUGCAGAAUAGGAAGUUAUUGUACCGAAAACUCUCACAAUCCAAAUAUUUGUGGUCAUAGUAAUUGUACAUUAAAGAAUCUUGGAUGCAAUACUCAAGAAUCUUCCCUCACAAUUCACAAUUGUACAACAAUAGUUCCCUGUUCAUUCGACGAUGGUUUUUGUGGUUUCACACAUGAUGUUCGCUCUCAACGGAAAUGGUUUAUCGGGCAAAGCGCAACACCAACGCAGUAUACUGGACCAAGCAUUGACCACACUACUUUGACAGAUAAAGGAUCUUACAUCUUUAUUGAAGCGUCAGAAAAAACGUUAGGUGAUAAAAAAGCAAGACUGACAAGCUGCUGGUUCAAUGCAAAUAKAACUCAGUGUUUGCAGUUCUGGUAUCACAUGUAUGGCAUUCGRAUUGGCUCACUUAGGAUUUUAAAAAAAACUAACAGUUCUGAAGACACGAUCUGGVACCAGAGUGRGAAUAAAGGUGAUCUUUGGAGAUUUGGCCAGACAACUCUUGAAGGAAAUGAUGGACAGAAUUAUCAGUUUGUUAUUGAAGGAGUGACAAGCCAAGGUAAUGAAAGGGAAAAAGGUGAUAUUGCCGUAGAUGACGUCACAUUGCAUGACGGAGUCUGUAAGACAGUCUCUUCUCGAGGACCUCCUCCAAACUGCAGAAAAGAUCAGUUGUUAUGUAAAAGAGGUAAGUAAUGUGCUUUCUAGAACUCAUUAAUAAUUCAUGAGCUAUUAGUCCAAUGAGCA